ACCCACCUCGUGUGUUGCCCUCCUGCUCCCUCGCCUUUCCUCAUCCCCCCCCCCCCCCCCUCCGCUCCGCUCCCUCCCUCCCUCCCUCUUCACAACCACCUCCCCUCACCUCCCCCCUCCAUCUUCGCGUGCCCAAGAAAGGGGCCGGAGGCGUGAGCGCGGAGCUGCAGCAGCCGGAUCGGAUCGGCCACCAUUCGCCACCCGAGGCGGCGGCACGGCCGCAGGAACUCCUUCGGAUCGGCACCCGAGGCUCGGCUCCAGAGUCAAGCGCUGAGAUGUACAAGUUGAUUAUUGCUUCCGUCUAGAAACACUCCAGAGCAAUCCCUGCCCUGUUACCGUGAUCUGUAAUCCCUGUUCCUCAAGUGGAACGGUUUCGGAGCAGUCUAGAAAGGUUAUCGGUGACAAUUUGGCAGGCUUACGCUUCUUCCAGCUUUGCUUGUUCACCUCGCCACCGCCCAGCACAAAAAGCAAAAAAGAAACCAGCUUAGCAGAUGUCGUUCCGCAGCAUAGUUCGCGAUGUCCGGGAUGGUAUCGGAAGCCUCUCGAGGCGGAGCUUCGAGGUGACCAUCUCCGGCCUGUCCGGUCUCACCGGCCACCACAGGGGCAAGCACCAGAGCACGGUGCACGAGCUCCGCGACGCCGACCUCAUAGUGCAGGAGAGCCGCUGGGCUAGCCUCCCGCCGGAACUCCUCCGCGACGUCGUCCGGAGGCUGGAGGCAAGCGAGAGCACCUGGCCUUCCCGCAAGCAUGUGGUGUCCUGCGCGGCCGUAUGCAAGGCGUGGAGGGAGAUGUGCAGGGAGAUCGUGACGAGCCCGGAGUUUUGCGGAAAGCUCACCUUCCCCGUAUCUCUAAAGCAGCCAGGCCCUCGAGAUGGAAUGAUUCAGUGUUUCAUAAAGCGAGAUAAAUCAAAGUCCACUUACCAUCUCUACCUAUGCCUGAGUAAUGCGGUACUUGCGGAGAAUGGCAAAUUCCUCUUAUCUGCUAAAAGGAACCGCAAGACAACCUGCACAGAAUAUGUGAUCUCAAUGGACGCUGAAAACAUCUCAAGAUCAAGCAGCACCUAUAUUGGGAAACUGAGGUCAAACUUCCUCGGCACAAAAUUCGUAGUGUACGACACGCAGCCCCCCUACAAUGGGGCUAUAGUUCCUUCAGUUGGACGGAGUAGCCGGAGAUUCAACUCCAAGAAAGUGUCUCCCAAGGUGCCAUCCGGUAGCUACAACAUAGCUCAGGUGUCUUACGAGCUAAAUGUUCUUGGCACGAGGGGCCCUAGGCGGAUGAAUUGCAUCAUGCACUCCAUACCUGCCUCCUCUGUCGAGCCCGGCGGCACAGUCCCUGGGCAGCCUGACCAGAUCAUGGCCCGAGCCCUAGAGGACUCGUUUCGCAGCAUGAGCUCCUUCUCCAAGUCAUCCAUCAUGGACCGGUCCACCGAUUUCAGCAGCUCGCGUUAUUUCAGCAGCUCCCGGUUUCUUUCGGACAUUGCCGGAGGCGCGAUAAGCCGUGACGAAGACGGAGAGAACAAGGAGAGGCCGCUGGUGCUCCGCAACAAGGUUCCGAGGUGGCACGAGCAGCUGCAGUGCUGGUGCCUCAACUUCCGCGGCCGCGUGACCAUCGCCUCGGUGAAGAACUUCCAGCUGAUCGCGGCGCCGAGCCAGCCGCCGCCAGCCCCGGCAGGUGCCCCGACCCCGACCCCGUCGCAGCCUGCCCCGGCGCCGGAGCAGGACAAGAUCAUCCUGCAGUUCGGCAAGGUGUCCAAGGACAUGUUCACCAUGGACUACCGCUACCCGCUGUCGGCGUUCCAGGCCUUCGCCAUGUGCCUGAGCAGCUUCGACACGAAGCUGGCCUGCGAGUAAAUCCGGCUGACGGCGGUAGCUCGUAGGAUGCAUUUGAGGGGAAGGGAAGAAAAAGUAGACGCGGAGCGCACGCCUUUUGUUUCCGCCUUCAUUGUUGCUUUGUUUGUAGUACUAGUAGCUUGGAACUGGACUUGAUAGCACGUAAUGUCUCGCACGCCAUGAUCGCUUCCCUUGAAGCUAAGUUUCGUGGAAGCGGUUCCCGGAUUUUAACCUAAGGUUCGGCUCCCA